GUGAUGGGCGCCUUGGCACUGGCUCAGGCUGACAUAAGUCUCACUCAGGGAGGCUAUAACUACAACCGGAUAUCGCAACAGCAACAGCAGGUGCCGCAGCUCCAUCCACCAGUUGUGGCGCAUUUGUUGAAUCAACAACUCCAGCAGCAGCAACAACAAUUAGCAUCUCAUCCAGUAUUGCCACCUGUGCCAUUGCCCUACCUUCCUCCUGCUGGCCAAUAUCAACAACAGAACCUGAUUCAACCACGACCCACCAUUGCCUCUGCUGCAUUCCCAAUGCCUGCUAACUUUCCGAUUAACUUCCAAACUGCUCCCAUUCAGCACCAGCAUCGUCGUGCCCGUCCUCGUGUCAGGAUUCCCAAGAAGCCAAUUGUUACCAAGAAUUUCUUCAUUCACUCCGCUCCCGAGGAAUCCGACGAUGAAGUGCAGGAUGAGUUGGCCCAACUUGCUGCACAGCCACGCAAUCAUUACAAUGUACUCUUUGUAAAGACUCCGGCUCAAACAAAUCGCGCUGCUGCUUUGAACUUGGCCAAGUCCCUGAAACAGGAGAAGACUGUGGUCUAUGUGCUGGCCAAGAAGACUACAGCAACUGAUUUGCAAGAUGCCAUUGCCGAGGCGCCACAGCAUAUUAACAAGCCGGAAGUAUUCUUUAUUAAAUACCGCACACCUGAGGAAGCCAUCAAUGCCCAGCGACAGAUUCAAUCGCAAUACGAUACUUUGGGAGGCACUUCUACCAUUACGGAUGAGGGCGUGGCACCAAUUACCUCUGUGGUUGGUUCCCUCGAUGCUCCCGAAGAGGAUGAAGAAGUCGAGCAGCAGCAGCCACAGCAGCAACAGCAACAUCAGAUUUCCGAUGGCCAUUUCGAAGAGAAUGUAGGAGGUUCGGGAGGCAUUGCCAAUCACUAUUUGCCCGCCAAUCAGUUUUAAAUAUUCUUCAUAGCUCGCCACAUUAACAAAAUUUUAGUUAGUUAGCUGUCAUAACACACACACAACACACCAAACCACUUC